AAUAUCACUCCAUAGAUAACAACAGCUUCACUUAAAGGUCAUUUCACGCAGAGUUCACUGAAGGAUGCUGCUGCUAACUUCUUGUGUUCAGCCAAAGUAUUCCCAGAAGAGAAGAAAAACUCCACCCACUGAGUUACCGCUUUAAUCUUGCAUUGCUCCACAAACUCAGCGGGUGACCAGGCGGAUAACGUUCACUACCUGUUCUUAAAGGCAAAGGAGUCUAUAAAACGUAGGUUUUAAAGUAAGAAGGGUCAUUUUCUGUCCUCCUUUUUUCAGGUGGAUGGUCUGGCUGCUCUCAUUCUCUGCUCUGGAGUCGUUGUGGCUGCAGGCAAAGAAGCUUUCAAAUUAGGAGGUUUUCGCUUCCAAAGAACGAGUCAGGCGGCUCAAGUCCUGUACGUGGAAACGGUGGAACCAGCAACACAGCAGGCCAAAAUCCAGAAGAAGAAAUCUCUUACAAGUGGAAGAGGCUCAAAAAACUUCUCCUUGUCAUCGGAGCGAUACAUAAUCAACCAGAUCCAAAACUCUCGGAAUGGCGGCGUGAACGGGUUCCAGCGGCGCCACGGCUCGGAUGAAACUGAGGCUCACCAGUGUCCCACGCCCGUGGAGACGUGUCAAAAAGAUGCCGAGCAUCCGUCCUGCAUCAUACCACACGAGGAUGACAUCGAGAAGUCAUUCCGCGUGAAUCAAGAUGGCAGCAUGACUGUGGAGAUGAAGGUUCAUCUGACCAUCAAGGAGGAGGAGAUGCUCCACUGGACCACCACGGUCAGCCGCUCCAGCCUUAGCAGGAGGAAAGUUUGUGCCUCUGCUUCAGAGUCAGGCAACAGCUCUCCUGACUCCAACCACACUGUUGCCAAAGACUCCUCAAAUAUUCAAGAGGAUGAAACCAAAGAGGAGAAUUACCAAGGUGGAGCUGGAAGAGGCGUGGGCUUUGCUGGUGACGCUUCAGCAGCUCUGGGGAAAGCAAAAGCCAGCUUCAAGCGCACGUCUACGCCCGGUCCUCGACGUGUAAACAAGAAAACCUCUGUGGAGAGCGUGAAGAUGGUUACAGAGAACAGCUUUCAGGAGAGCAUGAUGGGACACUAUUCCUACAUGGAGAGGACAGCAGAUGGAGAGACGACUGAGGGUUACUGCGUUGUCAGACACAGCAGCAGCAACAAACCCAUCCCCAAACCGCGGAAAACUGCCUCUGCGGGAGGGAGGAACCCACCCACCUCCAUCAGGUCGUCAGGAGGAUCCGAGGUCCCCCGAGUCCCGAACGACGUCACAGAAACUGUGAUGCACAUCUAUGAAACUCAAAGCUGCUACGACAACUACUUGGCAAAUGAAGAAUACAGUGCAGAUGGGGCUUCUUUACACGAGUCCCCUCUGGAGUCUGAAGGCAAGCCCUCCCCAGACUCCAGGUCUCUCUCCUCCAACAAUGACUGUGACAUAGAUUGCAACUGGCAGCCCCCCACCAGUGACUCACUGCUAAGGCAAAAAGAAGAAAUGCUGUCACUGUCAUCUGAGCCAGAAUGUCUGACACAUCAGGCUCCAAACAAUGCAGAGAUUCAAGCACAAGCUGAAGAUCUGGAGGAAAACCCGGCCAAAAGCACCAAGAAGAAAACAGUUGGAAGUUCGACUUCAACGAGCAGCACGGAUAAAAAACUGAAUCGCAGAACGAUGAGCCCCUCAAAGCGUAGCAAGCGGUCAUCCCCAGACAAAGGUAGCAGUGACGCCAGCGCUGGAAGGAAGAGUCUGAACUCAGUGGAGACUCUGAAAAAUGGACUGAAGAACAAAACAGCGGAAACGCCCCAUUCCACCAAAUCAGUUCAACAAAAACGCCCCACGAAGGAAUCAACCGCAUCCCCGAGCUCCGGCAACCUCAGAAGAACCUCAUCAAAGAGUCCAAGCACAAAGAAACCACCUGCCAAGGAGAACGGCCACAACAUAGACACACCCACUGCAAGGCCCCAAAUGAAGAAGAAAAUGUCGGACAUUUUAGAAACAAAAAAGGCUUUUUCAGGCAAAAAGUCCCUCAGCAAACCAAAAUCAAUGAUCGAAUAUAAACUGUCUGCACCCAAAUCCUCCUCACAGCAGAGCGAGUGCAGUUCAAGGCCUUCCCUUAAUCCAUCUCCUUCAGAAGUCCACCAGUAUGUGGAGAACUGGUUGGAGAACGUCAGCCCAGAUCAGGUGCCGUGCGCAGAGGAAGCAGCUGGACCAGAACCUCAUGCAAAAGUUAUCUUCAAGAUAGGAGCGGAUUCCGAAUCAGACGAAACUAACGAGAGCCAGGCUGUUUUCCAAGACUCUUUGAAGAAGUCAUCUUCAUGUCUGUCGGUUCCUCUUUCCCAUGAAGGAGCAGCUCUGCUUCACGGAGAACGUAGAACCCUGGGUUUGUGCGUUUCAAUGCCGAGUAUCAGAGCUGAGCCGGCAAACCAGGAGAACAGGUUGAGGUCGCACAAAUCUGCUGACGUCAUCGGCCCAGACGGCAGCGAAGCGUCAUCAUCUCACCUUUUGAGUCCCAAAGAGAAGAUCAAACCUGUCCUUCGACAGCUUUGCUCAUCGAUUCAGUGCAUCAGAAGAUCGUCCACCAGCAACUCAACGCCGGCUCUGCACACCUCCAGCAGCACUCCUAACUUCUCAACACAGGUGGCGUCAGUGUUCGGCUCGUCAUGCAAGGCCUUCCUUUCCUUCUUGUCAGUGAUGACGCUCAGAGAAAACCUAACAGGCUCAGCAGCAGGAGAGAGCAAGCCGUCUGAAGCCCCAGAGGCCCUGCUGAUGCUGGAAUCCCUGCAGCACAUCUCCAACAUUGAAGACGAAGAGGAGCAAAGGGCGAGUCUGACAGAUUUGCAGAGCACAGCGUCUUCUCACCUCAGGGAGCGCUGGAAGGACUUCCAGAUUCUGAGGGAAAGGCUUGAAAGUGAACCGCUUUCCCCCAAAAUCUCCGAAACAGAAUUUGCUCUGGACGUCGUCUCUGAGGGGGGAGACAUCUUCGAGGAUCAGCAUCAGGCCAUCGAUGAGCUGAUGGAGGAAAUGCACAUGCCAGAAGACCUCAGAGAACAGAUAUCUUCAACCAUUAAAAGUUUCUACCCGGUCGAGGAGAGCACGUACGUGGAAACGGUCAAAAACCAGUCAGACUCAGAGGAAGACGUGGAGAUGUUUGUCAGCGAAAGCAAGGAGGAAGUUCAACGUUUAACUGAGGUUUCUGAGGAUCUAACUGAGGCGACAAAGGAGGGCAUGGAACGCAAAGACGAGGCAGAAAAGCACCAAUCUGAAUGCGAAGGCAAGGAAAAUGUGGAAAAGGACGAAUGUUCAUCAGAGGCAGAUGCUGAGGAAGAGGAGUGGGAGGAGCGGGAAGAUGAAGAAGAGGAGAAAGACACGGGAGGAAGGAAUGAUCAGCAAGUGAAUCAGACCAGAGAAAGUGACCAAACGUCAGUUGAGAAACUGGAGGAGGAGGAGCCAGAGGAUGAGGAAAUACCAGGUGAAGAGGAAACGAGGGAGGAGUUUAAGGAAGAAGAAAGCUUAGGCACAGAUAAGGAAAUAGCAAACGAGGAAACAGGAAAUUCAGAUAGAACUGAGGAUACAGAUGAGAGAGAGGGCGCUGUGGAGACAGCUGAAGAGGAGGAAGAGGAAAGAAACUCUGGGGGAGAGGAUCAUGAAGAUGUGCAAGAGGGACAAGAGGAGGAAGAGGAGGCAAACGGUGAGGAAUUGGGGAGUAUUGAUGAGGAUGUUGAUAAAGAGAAAGAAAAGGAGAAUAAGGCAGAUGCAGUUGAGGAAAGGGUUGAGGAGGAAGAAGAUACCGAGGAGGUAGAUGAAGGACACACAGAAGAAGAAGAGAAGGGACAGUUCUCAGAGGUGGUUAGUGAGGAAACCAGUGAAGAAAAUGAGAAAGAAGAAAGAAAAUAUACUGAAAAAGUUUUGGAAGAAGAAAAACAUGAUGAAGGUGAAGGUGGCAUGGAAGGAGUGGAAGAGGAAGAAAUGGAUGAUAAUCUGGAGGCAGAAGAGGAUACAACUUCAGAGCAGAGUGAAGAUGAAGAAGAGAGAAACAGCAACGAAGACGAAGAAGAGAAUGAGAGUUUGAGGCAGCUGGACCAUCAACCAAAGGACCAAACAAAAGAAGAGGAAGAUCCUCUGAGUUCUGCCGAAAAUGACGAGGACACAAGUGAAUUAAAAGAUGCUUCAGGGCUGAAGCAGAGCAGAAGUAACGUGGAGGAAGGACUUGCCGAGAACAUGACAGAAUCUCCAACCAAUUUUUCCACGGACGGCCAGGUUGAGGAUGACAAAGUCGUAGAAUCUGUACACGAAACAGACAAAGAAGGAGGGGAGGAGAGAAAAAGCAGCAGUUCGUCCCAUCCUGUCGAGAUCUCUCAGGAUCUCCUUGACUUUGUGAACUACGCUCUCCGGUCUUGUUCUCUCAGAUUCACGUGUGACGCUCAGGGAAACAUCCGGAUCGAGCCUGAAAAUGCUCGGGUCGUACAAACAAAGCAGAGCACGACUCACACGGGUGAAAAGGAGGGUCUGAAAUGCCUCCCCAGCCCGUUCACCUCUGAUUUGUCUGAUUACAGACCAGAGACAUCCGAGAGCGGCGGAUACAAAAGUCAGGGGUCUGUCGAUAUUGCCUCAGAGAGCGGAGGAGAAGCCCCAAAGAAGUCCUCUUUGGUCUCCUCGCGCUCAGCAAACGGUGAGGAAACCAAUGUGGAGCAGACCAGGUCAAAAGUGUCUGUUCCCAGCAGCUCAGAGGCCUUGAACAGUUCUUCAUUAAAAAGCACAGGCAGUUUGUCUCCUGGUGACGCCGACACAAAAGCCUUGAGAGAAGAUCUCUCUUAUUUCAGCGCUGCCAGCUCACUGAAGGAAGACGCUGAGGUUGUCGUCCGGAGCGCACAAACCGCUUGUGUCACCUCCGAUAAAGACUCAGCCGAUGGAGUUUUAAUUGAUCGGGGUCGGUGGCUCCUGAAGGAGAACCACCUGAUCAGAAAAUCCCCUCCCCUCUCAAUGGGAAUGUAUGGGAAUCUGGACAGCACAUCCGUAGACACGGGUCAGGACAACACCAGUGAGGAUUCGCCACCCCACUACUCCAAAAGCCAGCACAGCCCGCUCGCAGUGAUAUCCUCCUCCGAUCUGGAGGAGAUGGCGAAACCAGGCGCCUUAAGUUGCAAGUACUACAACUUGCCACAUGGAAGUGACUCUGACCCCUUCUUGGAUGACGCCGGCAGCAUCCACAGCGGCAGGCUCGAUGCCAGUGUCGUGAAAGGUAGAGGCUUCAGGGUGUCGCCGACCGUCGACACCACCAAGACCUGGGCCAACAGGAACGGCAGCCUGUCCUCUUUUGCUUCUGUAGAGUUGAAAAUACCCGACAGAAAGGUGCAUCCAGAGGAGUCCUCAGCUGCCAUGCAGCCAAGAGGGACAUCUAGUGGCGAGCAGGGAGCCCUGCAGCCACAAGACUCUGUGGACUCGCUGCAUCUCAGGUGCGGCCAAUACUGCCCCAUUCUAUGAGAGCACGGGGUCAGAGUUUGUCAUUUUAGUGUGUAGAUCAUCAACAUGAACCUCAUAGAUGUGUGUGGUGACUGAGGAGGAGCUGUGCCUCAUCUUUAAAGGGAAAUUUUAAUGCAAAUACCAGUAAAUUAUAUCCAAAUCUUUUUAUAACAGCUUCAAAAUAGUUAUACACAAAUGUACUUUUUAAAAAAAAUAUAUAUAUUUUUAGAGUCAUGCUUUGUUUUCAUGCUUCCUACAUGUAAACCAAAGUCACACUGUUGUACUUUCUUAUCCUUCUGAUGUUUGCUUGAGAGAAAACGUUCACCAACAAACCAAAAAAGUCUGUCUACAGAUCCACAUCCAUCCAAACGCUGCUAUAAACAGAUUUAAACUGUUUCUAUGGAGACUGUUCUUCAACAUUAAUGUCUUUAUCUGCCAAAAAAGAAGCCGUUUUGCACUUUGAAAAGCAGAAUUUCCAAAUCAAAAUUGGAAGGUUAAACUAAAUCCUGCACGGUCCUCUUAAUGAUUUUCCCUCAGUCCUGCAGAACGACACACAUCGCCCUCAAACCAAAAUGUUUUCCCUCCUCCUUUGAAGUUGCUCAGAUGUUCCCCAAACUCCAUAUUUGGUGAUUGCCCUACAGACGUCUCUGCACUCUGGUGACAUUUGACUUUUCUGAAGCUCUUAAGUGAGUGAAGCAUGAGAAAUCCAAGUUGGUCUUAGACUCAUAAUAUGCAGCUUGUUCCGGGAGCUUUGGUACUGAAGGUCACAUCAAAAUACUGCUGGAAUUUCAAUUAAAUAAAUGAAAAUAAUUUGAUUUUCUCUGCUGAAAACAGGUCAGGUUUCGAUAGCAAAUAGUUACUUUUAUUAGUCCUAAAAUUCCCACAUACUCCUUUUUUUUUACACUGAUAACUUUUUACUGUUUCAGUCACAAACUAUUACUUAAAAAGAAAGGGAUAAUUUUUGUUUCAAUAAAUAAAAAAAUCAACAGCUUUCUUAAGACUCCCUACAACGGUUUUUGCUUUUAAAUUGACAGGUCAUAAAUUCACAAAACGAAAUAAUGCUUUGAAUUCCUUCCGUUGGAAUUUUCUGUGCAGUCGUUAUCAGCAUCACUCCCAUAAAUGAGCUUUGGAAAAUUAAGUCAUGGAACAGUUUCACUCCUCAAAUUCUUGGCCACUUCCGUGGUGCAGACGAAGCUGCAGAGAUGGUUUUAGAUGAAAAAGCUCGAUUUCUCGUGCAGUUAAAGUUUGGCAAACAAAGUUAUCAGAAUCAAUAAAAUCCUCUCAUGUUUUGAAAGAAAUAAAAUGUUUCAGACUUAUCUGUGGGG